AUGAAUUACUAAAAUACAUUCAACCCCUUUCCCUAAUAAACCAAUUCUAUCAACUCAUGCUUUUCAUUCGGAGAGCCAAAGAAUGAUCAAUUAGAUAUUGCGGAAGUAUAUAUGAAUUUUGACGGAGAUUCAAAAUAACAUAUCUCAAAUGAUGGAUUCUUGCCUCAUUUCUAAAGUUUCUAUCAUUAGAAUACUUAUUGGUAAACUAAAAUCAACCUAGAUCCGGUUCAGACCUAAAGCAAUGGUGAUCAAUUCAUCAGCAAGUGCGAUGAUUUCAACAAUUGCAAUAUAUAUGACUCAUCAUCCGAAGCUGAUAUGAGUUUUUAUAAAGCUGAAACACGGGUUGGCACAAAAAUCUUUGCUCACAUUUCUGAUCCCUUUCUGAACAAAUAUUCUUGCCCUAUUUAAUAACAAGAGGUCAACCAGAAUUCCUAGGAAAGCAACUUUCACACUCUAGAGUUUCAAAUGAGCUCUUAAGAGGAGUAUUAAGUGCCUAAUAUUGAUCAAUCAACUGAUCCAUCAGAUAAUAGAGAACUAAUUCAAUAAGCUUUUGCAAUGUUUGAUUCUCUGGAUUUGAAUCAAAAUUUGUUGCUCUAAACAGCAAGAUCUUCAAAUACCUAAGCCGCCCAGAAAAAGAGCAAAUCAAUUAAUAAAGAUAAGAUGCAAAGAUAGAAUUCAAAUGAUCAUACUUAAGUUUAGUAGAAAACUAAACCUACUAAACUCAAGUUAGACUAAGGAUUCAAAUUUUUGCUUCGCGAUUUCAGAAAGGCACUCUUCAUUGCCUUUGAAAAAUCUGGGCUCAGCAAGGGAUAUCAUCAUUUUGGAUAGAGAUGGCUUGCUGAAUCUAAAGCCUUCCUUCAGGGUUGGGGCUUAAUUCAACCUACUGAUAGAUAAAUCUGCGCUCUCUCUGUGCUACUCUAUCACACUCUCGGUACUACAAUCAAGACUAUUGAGAAAAAAGACAGCAUUGAAAAGAAUGGAAAGAAAUAGAAGGAAACCAUUUUUAUUAAAAAAGACAACAUCUUCAAUUAAGUUCUUGGAGAGGAAGGAAUGCAAAUUUAUAAGCUAGUUUUCGAUCAAAAUAGAACCGAAACAGUAGACCAAUUCCUUUAGGAUGACUUCAUCAGAACUCUCUGGCCUCUUUUCAUUUAAUACUCUGAGUAGAAAUUCUUUUUCAUAGAAAAAUCUGAAGAUGAGAAGCCUGCCUAAAAGACAAAAGUCAUUAAGAAAGGUUUAAAAAAUGGGAAGGUUCGAAAGUCAAGAUCUCAGGUCCUCAAUGAGUUAAAGCCAACCCUCUAGCAUAUCUCAUGGCUUCUAAUACAUGACUACAAACUAGCAGUUCCUGCUCACUGGUUAGAAAAAUUCCCACCUGCCUACAUGAAGAAGAAAGAAAGCAAGAAGGCCAAGAUCUAAUUAUCAGCACGCUUUUACGUGUAAGACAGUUCUUAAACCUAUUUAUGA